UUUUCUCGUGCCCGUUUCUCCGCGCUUCGCUUCCCCCGUCGGUUCCUUCCUGCCCAUCUCCGCUCCCUCCAUCCAUCCAUCCCCCACCUCCGCUCUCUAGGGUUUCUCCCCCGCCUCCUCCCCCCCAAUCUCGCCGCCGCGAUGGUCUCCGGCGCGGCGCAUUCGGCCUCCACCAGUGGCGGCGGCGGGGGGAGCGAGGGCUCCCCCACCGGCCGCGCCGCGCCGGGCAUGCAGGGCGGCGGCAGCGCCGCCACGCCCGCCGCCUCGGCCUCCGCGUCCACGCCGGCCAGCGAGACCACCGUCGCCCGCCGCCUCGACGGCCUCGACAUCCAGGGCGACGACGCGCCCUCGUCGCAGCCCGCCACGAGCAAGAAGAAAAAAAGGGGGCCUGGAACACGUGCAACGGGCCCUGACAAGGGUGGCCGUGGAUUGCGCCAAUUUAGUAUGAAAGUUUGUGAGAAAGUUGAAAGCAAAGGGAGAACAACCUACAACGAGGUGGCAGAUGAGCUUGUAGCUGAGUUUGCAGACCCCAACAAUAAUUUUGCAUCACCUGAUCCUGACAACCCUAACACACCACAAUUUGAUGAGAAAAAUAUACGACGAAGGGUUUAUGAUGCAUUGAAUGUCCUGAUGGCUAUGGAUAUUAUAUCUAAGGAUAAAAAGGAAAUUCAGUGGAAGGGCUUGCCUCGGACAAGUAUGAGCGAUGUUGAAGAAUUGAAGACAGAGAUCAUCGGACUGAAAGGUAGGAUCGACAAGAAAAAUGCAUAUUUGCAGGAGUUAGAAGAUCAAUUUGUAGGUCUUCAAAACUUGGCACAGCGAAACGAGCAGCUUUAUGGUUCAGGAAAUGCUCCUUCAGGAGGAGUGGCAUUGCCAUUUAUAUUGGUGCAGACACGUCCUCAUGCUACAGUAGAAGUGGAGAUAUCAGAAGAUAUGCAGCUGGUGCAUUUUGAUUUCAAUAGCACUCCAUUUGAACUGCAUGACGAUUCCUUUGUACUGAAAGCAUUGGGGUUCUCUGGCAAAGAACCAGAUGAUACGCAAGCCUGGGUUGGAAAUGGAGGUGAGUGCUCAACCACACCUAUCUAUCAUCAAUCACCCCAAGUUGCGAGGCCAAACGGAGUUAGACUACCAACAUCGCCCCCUAUUCCCGGUAUACUUAAAGGGCGUGUCAAGCAUGAACAUUAGGGGUUACUAUGAUUUGUUGAUGGUGUGAGGUACUUGGUUUAUUUGUUACUCCCCAAUUUUCCCUUUUUGUAACUUUACAUGUAGAAAGAGCCUGUACAUUAGAUCAAUGGGGGAAAAAUGGCGGGUCUAGUUUAGUUUCACUGGUAGAAGAUCGAUGGGCAUGUUGACAAACCAUAUGCCUAACUUAACUUGUAGGAUUCAGCUUUCUGGUUUUUAGUAAACUCAAUAUUGUACUAAUGUAAUUGUGAAGUACUGUCUCAUCAAUAGUCAUCUUAUUUAGGAUGAACAUUCCUGGAGAUUCAAUAGUCAUCUUAUUUAGGAUGAACA